CGCCAAGCGAGGAGGGCCGGCGAUACUUGGGACGGCAGGCCUCAAUUACUUAAUCGAAACUUCCUGAGUUCGCAUCUGGCGCGUGCGAGAUGGGUCGCCAUCGUAUCAUUCUAACGGUGGCGUGUGCAGCCUUGAUCGAUACUUAACCGGCGGGAUAACAUCGUGGGUCGGUACUGAUAACGACUUCCGGCAUCGCUCUUUGACACUCCAGUACGCGAGAAGUCUCAAGCGUGAUAGACAUUGUUACUCCAACAUGGCACCUACGAGGGCCAAUACUUCCGUCAUCGUAGUGGGUGGUGGCGGUACCAUUGGGUCUUCAACAGCCCUUCAUCUUGUACGCACAGGAUACACACCAUCGAAUAUCACAGUUCUGGACACUUACCCGAUCCCAUCAUCCCAAUCAGCUGGCAAUGACUUGAACAAAAUCAUGGGCAUCCGCUUGCGGAACAAGGUGGAUUUGCAGCUGAGCUUAGAGGCAAGGCAGAUGUGGACAGAAGACGAUUUGUUUAAAGAGUACUUUCACAAGACCGGGCGGCUUGACUGCGCGCAUGGCGAGAAAGGACUUGCGGAUCUCAAACAAGCUUACCAGGCCCUGCUCGAUGCGAACGCUGGUCUGGAGGCGACUACAGAAUGGCUAGACUCGGAGGAUAAGAUCCUCGAGAAGAUGCCGCUUCUCGAUCGCGAACAGAUCAAGGGAUGGAAAGCCGUCUUUAGUCAAGACGGCGGAUGGCUCGCAGCAGCAAAAGCCAUCAACGCUAUCGGUGGAUUUCUGCGCGAUAAAGGCGUCAAGUUUGGCUUUGGCGGAGCAGGCUCUUUCAAACAACCUCUUCUUGCCGAGGGCGUUUGUAUCGGCGUUGAGACGGUCGACGGAACAAAAUACUAUGCUGACAAGGUGGUUUUGGCGGCUGGUGCAUGGAGUCCUACAUUGGUUGAUCUUCAAGACCAAUGUGUGUCGAAGGCCUGGGUAUACGCUCACAUUCAACUGUCUCCGAGUGAGGCCGCAGAAUACAAGAACGUUCCCGUAGUCUACAAUGGCGACGUGGGCUUCUUCUUCGAGCCCGAUGAACACGGCGUCAUCAAAGUCUGUGACGAGUUUCCAGGUUUUACGCGCUUCAAGCAGCAUCAACCUUUUGGCACAUCUUCUCCAAAACUUAUUUCUGUACCUAGAUCUGCCGCAAAACACCCUUCAGAUACCUACCCGGACGCCUCGGAGGUCAGUAUCCGCAAGGCUAUCGCAACGUUUCUGCCCAAAUUUACCGAGAAGGAACUGUUCAACAGGCAUCUGUGUUGGUGUACCGAUACAGCAGAUGCAGCACUGUUGAUGUGUGAACAUCCUGAGUGGAAGAACUUUAUUCUGGCCACGGGUGACAGUGGUCACACCUUCAAGCUUCUACCUAACAUUGGUAAGCAUGUGGUCGAGCUGCUAGAAGGUAAAUUAUCAGAUGACCUAGCACAUGCAUGGAGAUGGCGCCCAGGCACUGGCGACGCGCUGAAGUCACGAAGGGCGGCGCGUGCCAAGGAUUUAGCGGAUAUGCCAGGAUGGAACCAUGAUAGUGAAGCGCCCAGAGCGAAGCUGUAGUUUCAGCUCAGAUGGUAUUACCCUAGUGCUGUGGUGAUUCAUGAUAAUCCUACAAUUGUCCUGGGCGUGCCAGUAUCUUCGAUUUGAGGAAAUAAAUAAGUGUUCGC